CCAUUGCAGUCGACAGAAGCGAUACCCUAUAGUAAUGAUACGCACCCUCAUCUGCAUAAAGUGAAGAUGUAGACGUGAACUAAAGAUGAAGAUGACGUGAAGUUACCAGGUAUUGUUCCAGGCCAUGGAUCCUUUAUUUUCAAAUCCUGCCUUUCUGCCAAGUCAGGGAGUAAUGGCCUAUUCCCAGCCUCCCAUGAUGGCAGGUUUGGUUGGAAUGAACCCACCCUUCACCCCUAUGAUGGCGAAUAGACCAGCUGCUGAGGCAGCUGAUGAGAUUGGUCGAAUGGCACAAGAGGGGGUACAGGAGACUCUUAGUGAUGAAGUCUUCAGUACAUACACCCAUAAUGACAUCAUACCUGGCUGUCAGCCCCACCCCGGGGAUAUUGUGGAGGCAGGUUCGCUGGCUGCAUUAAGCUUACCCCCUGUGUGGUAUGACUUGGCCUCCUCUUUGCCCCAGGAGACCAUCACUAGUGGAAAGCUUAGCGGUCUGCAACUAGAGGGAAUUCUUUAUGCCUGUCAGCGGCACCAGUUGAUCCUGCCUAAUGGUCAGAGGGCAGGGUUCUUCAUUGGAGACGGUGCUGGGGUCGGGAAAGGAAGACAAAUAUCUGGAAUUAUCCUGGAUAAUUUUGCUCGUGGUCGAACUAAACACAUUUGGUUCAGCAUUUCUUCAGAUUUGAUUGUGGAUGCUUGUAGAGAUUUGCAGGAUAUUGGCUGCUACAUCAAAGUUAUAGAGGGCUGUCAACAAUUGGACAAAGAAACAAGAGUGCUAGGUCUACCAGCCGGUUUUAAAGAGGGGAUAGUUUUUAGUACUUAUGCCACUCUGGUAUCAGCCGUGCAAAGGGGAGGAUCAGUUAACGGAACAAAACAGUCUCGUCUCCAGCAGUUGGUUGACUGGUGUGGCGGCGAGAACUUUGAUGGCUGUCUUAUUUUUGACGAAUGUCACAAAGCAAAAAAUUUUGUACCAGGCAAAGAACAAGCCAGUACAAAAGUGGCAGUCGCCGUGACACAAGUACAGAGAAUAUUGCCCAAGGCCCGUGUGGUCUACUGCAGCGCUACUGGGGUCACAGACGUUAAAAACAUGGCUUUUAUGGAAAGACUGGGCCUAUGGGGAGAAGGUGCUCCUUUUAAAGACUUCGAUAAUUUCAUCGAGUCCAUUCAGAGAAAAGGUUUGGGUGUGGCUGAAAUGUUAGCCAUGGAGAUGAAGACAACAGGGAUGUAUGUGUCCAGGGGACUGAGCUUCAAACAAGCAGAGUUUGUGACAGUGGAAGCUCAGGUGACAAAGGAACAGAUGAAGAUGUACGAUAUUGCUGCUCAUGUGUGGAACGAAGUACGGAAAGCUUUAGAAUCCGCCAUGUUUAGAACAGGCUGUAGUAACAACAGAAUCUGGGCACAGUUCUGGUCAGCUCACCAGAGAUUCUUCAAACAGCUGUGCAUGGGGAUGAAAGUGCCAUGUAUCAUCCGUGAGGCAAAGGCAGCUCUGGAGGGAGGCCAGUGCGUGGUUAUAGGACUACAGACAACAGGGGAGGCAAGCCUGGAGCAGGAACUUUCAAAAAAGAAGGACAAGCUUGACGAAUUUCUCUCCCUUUGUCGCGAGAUUCUGAUUAGAUUUGUUGACCAGUAUUUUCCUACUGCUGUAGAGGGCGCUAAGGAGGAUGAACCCAAAGAAGAUAACUGGAGCGUGACUGCCAAAGAUAUGUUGGUGAAUUUUGCAAAGCAGAUUGAGCUGCCUAAUAGUCCUCUUGACCAGAUCAUUGAUGAGCUGGGUGGCCCUGACAUUGUCGCAGAAAUGACAGGGCGACGGGGACGCAUGGUUCGUCGCCAUGGCAAUGCCAAGCCGCAGUAUGAGUUACGAGGAAUGGAGGCUGACAGCACAGCCAUUGAAAGUCUGAAUGUCAGAGAGAGGAAUCUCUUCAUGGAAGGGAAGAAACACGUAGCCAUUAUAUCUGAUGCAGCCAGCACAGGGAUUUCUCUCCAUGCUGACAUGCGAUGUGCCAAUCAGAGGAGACGUGUCCACAUGACCAUUGAGUUGCCAUGGAGUGCAGACAAAGCUGUCCAGCAGUUAGGAAGGUCUCAUCGCUCCAAUCAAACCAGUGGCCCUCUUUACAAAUUAGUCACCACAGAUUUGGGUGGAGAAAGACGAUUUGCUGCAGCUGUUGCUAGGCGACUACAGUCAUUGGGUGCCUUAACCAAGGGUGACAGGCGUGCAGCUAGUGGCGCUGAUCUGUCUGAGUUUAACUUUGACACACCAUAUGGCAGGUCUGCACUCCGAGCGUUGUAUCAGGGUAUUUGUCAGGGAGAUAUUGUACGAGGCGUAAAAUUCAACGACAUCAAUAAUGGGAAGUUUGAUCUCCCUCAGUUUAACACUGUUAUGCAGGAGUGUUUGUAUUUCAUGGGGUUAAUAAGUGAAGGUAAAGUCGGUCAGAUUGCAAAAGUCUUGGACAAGGACAACGGUGAUGUGGGCAAAUUCCUCAACAGAAUCUUGGGACUAAGUGUUCAGAGACAAAACCUGAUAUUCAACUAUUUCUGUGAGGUCAUGAAGGUUAUGAUUGCUAAUGCCAGAAAGGAAGGGAGGUACAACGAGGGAUUGCUGGACAUCAUGGCAGCAUCAGUGGAGAUGGAGAAGGAACCAAGAGAGGUGUUCAAAGAUGUCAGUAAAGGGAAUGCUGUCACAAAACAUAUUGUGUUGACGGUGGACAGGGGCAUGAGCUGGGAUCAGGCCACUGUUAGGCUGAGUAACCACAGUGGCAAAGAUGAUGGGUUCUAUGUGUCUCGCAAAGACAUAUUUGGACGCAAACUCUACCUGCUGGCCACGCAGAAAGAAAACUCUGCACAUGCGUUCAGGAUUGCCAGGCCUAACACGGGGCUGUCCUCAUUUGAAGAAGAGCGGUCUGAUCUGCUGAUGAGAUAUGCUCCCUUAGCUGUAGAGGAAGCAGAGAAGCCAUGGCGAGCGCAGUAUGAACAGAGCAAGGACCAGUGUGUUCAUGGACCAACGUGUCGCAACCGAGCCGGAUGCACAGUUGGCACCCGGUGUUACAGAAUACAUUUGCUGUGUGGUGGAAUCGUCACUUUGAUGUCUGUCCUAGAGAACACCAUGAACAGAAAUGCUGCCAGACUUCAACUUCACAAAUCUGAAAUGAACAUUCGUGUUGUGCGAGCAGAGUUGAACAAUGGCGAGCGUGUGGUGGGAAUUCGAUAUCCUGAAAUCCUUAUCCCUGAAGUGGAAAAAGCUCUAAAAGAAGAUCUCCUCCUUCAGCGCAUACAUCACAUUCAAACGACACUCUCACCUGGGAUGUCCACAAAUGUGGACCUCACAACACAGACUGCCCAGAAGCGUUCUCAAGCCAGGAUUGAGGAAGCUUCACCAGUCGUCCCAAAGUGCCUUGCAAAGGCUCUUAACCCUCCUGUCACCAUCAAAACAUUCUUUAAAGCUGCAGUGGGGAAACCAAAAUCCACAGAACCUGACGACAGCAACGCGUCCUGUGUUGGAAGGAACAUUAUGUCCUCAGAUGAAAACAGGUGUAAGAAAGAUUCAAGAAGAAGUACGAGACGAUCAUCAAAAGAUUGUACGGAUCCGAAGAAUAAAGUCCAAGAAAAAGAAAGUGGCUCCAAGAAGAGAAGUUUGGAAGAUGCAGAGGACAGUGGUGAUAACUACUGCACUAUUAUAAGUUCUCAGCCAAGCAGUAAAAAAAGAACAAAACAAGGGUCAAUUUUUGCUGCAUUUGCGAAAAAAACUGAUCCAGGAAAAUUUCCUGUUAUAAAGAAACCCUUGCAGUGUCCUAUAUGCAAUCUGACAUUUGACCCUCAGGUAUCAAACACAGAGCUUAAUUCCCACAUCGAUAACUGUCUGAUCGAGUGACAGCAAAGGUGUAGUGAAAACUGCUGUGUGAAAACAAUUUGAACCAGUGACCCUGGUUGUGAAGAAACUAGUGCCUUGCACAAUGUGCGGCCAGAUCUUGAACCCGCAAGUGUCAGAUAUGUUUUUAUUUUGAUAUCAGCUAGUUCUGUGUGAUGGUAUGACAUUUAAAUUAUAGCCAAACUGAGCUAGAAUUCUCACUUCCGUAUUCACGAUCUCCAUCCUCAUCAAAACACAAAAUUCCAGUCAUGGUCUUGAGAUUGAAAAGGUAAUUGAAAUCCUUUUGUAUAUCUUGUUAGCCUACAUGAGUUGAUGUUGAUUUGUAUAUGCACAUUUCUCUCAGAAUUUUCUAACCAGCCUGCAGGUUCAGUUUUAAUGGUCUGAUCUAAACAACGAAUAUCAUACUUGCUUGUUUUGUGUCUAGAACCUACCAGUCUAUAAAACUGGUGGUUUCAGUUUUAACUAAUUUAAGAUUAAAUAAUUCUCAAUUUCUGAAGCAAACCAUUUUACAAAACUGGUUUUAUGAUUUUUAUUGAUGUGAUUUACCCAAUGAAAACUACCCAUGCCAUUUUAUGAAAACUGGCCAGAUACAGAUCUUUGUAUAAAUAUAUAGUUCAA